ACGCUGGCCCGGGCACGCAGAGACGCAGCCUGGCGCCAGGCCACAGCAGGAACAGGAAGGCUUCCCCCAGCCUGGCCAGGGGACAAACAGCAGGGGUAUAAAGGAGGGAGGCCAUGGCCACUCACACACUCACCCACCCACCCCCUCCAGCACACCCACCAUGGCUGCCUCCACCAUGUCCGUCUGCUCCAGCGACCUGAGCUAUGGCAGCCGCGUCUGCCAGCCCGGCUCCUGGGAUUCCUGCCCCGACUGCUCCUGGCAGGUGGACGACUGCCCAGAGAGCUGCUGCCAGCCCCCCUGCUGCGCCCCCAGCUGCUGCCAGCCCAGCUGCUGCGCCCCAGCCCCCCGCCUGACCCUCCUCUGCACCCCAGUGAGCUGUGUGUCCAGCCCCUGCUGCCAAUCACUCUGCACCAGCUCCUGCACCCCCUCCUGCUGCCAGCAGUCUAGCUGCCAGUCUGACUGCUCCAGCUGCUCCCCCUGCCAGCCGUCCUGCUGUGUGUCCCUCUGCUGCAAGCCCGUGUGCUGCAAGCCUGUGUGCUGUGUGCCCAUCUGCUCUGAGGCUUCCUCCUCCUGCUGCCAGCAGUCUAGCUGUGAGCCCUCUUGCUGCUCCUCUUCCCCCUGCCAGCCGUCCUGCUGUGAGCCCUCUUGCUGCUCCUCUUCCCCCUGCCAGCCGUCCUGCUGUGUGUCCCUCUGCUGCAAGCCCGUGUGCUGUGUGCCCGUCUGCUCUGGAGCCUCCUCCUCCUGCUGCCAGCAGUCUAGCUGCCAGUCUGACUGCUGCAGCUCCUCCCCCUGCCAGCCGUCCUGCUGCGUGCCCGUCUGCUGCAAGCCCGUCUGCUACUACAGACCCUCCUCCUGCGUGUCCCUGCUCUGCAGCCCCGUGUGCAGGCCCGCCUGCUGCGUGCCCGCCUCCUCCUGCUGUGCCUCCUCCUGCCAGCCCAGCUGCUGCCGCCCGGCCUCCUGCGUGUCCCUGCUCUGCCGCCCCACCUGCUCCCGCCCGGCCUGCUGUGGUGUCUCCUUGGGCCAGAGGUCCUCACACCCACCCACCCCCUCCAGCACACCCACCAUGGCCGCCUCCACCAUGUCCGUCUGCUCCAGCGACCUGAGCUAUGGCAGCCGCGUCUGCCAGCCCGGCUCCUGGGAUUCCUGCCCCGACUGCUCCUGGCAGGUGGACGACUGCCCAGAGAGCUGCUGCGAGCCCCCCUGCUGCGCCCCCAGCUGCUGCCAGCCCAGCUGCUGCGCCCCAGCCCCCCGCCUGUCCCUCCUCUGCACCCCAGUGAGCUGUGUGUCCAGCCCCUGCUGCCAAUCAGUCUGCACCAGCUCCUGCACCCCCUCCUGCUGCCAGCAGUCUAGCUGCCAGUCUGAUUGCUGCAGCUGCUCCCCCUGCCAGCCGUCCUGCUGUGUGUCCCUCUGCUGCAAGCCCGUCUGCUGCAAGCCUGUGUGCUGUGUGCCUGUCUGCUCUGGAGCCUCCUCCUCCUGCUGCCAGCAGUCUAGCUGUGAGCCCUCUUGCUGCUCAUCCUCCCCCUGCCAGCCGUCCUGCGGUGUGUCCCUCUGCUGCAAGCCCGUGUGCUGUGUGCCCGUCUGCUCUGGAGCCUCCUCCUCCUGCUGCCAGCAGUCUAGCUGCCAGUCUGACUGCUGCAGCUCCUCCCCCUGCCAGCCGUCCUGCUGCGUGCCCGUCUGCUGCAAGCCCGUCUGCUGCUACAGACCCUCCUCCUGCGUGUCCCUGCUCUGCCGCCCCGUGUGCAGGCCCGCCUGCUGCGUGCCCGUCUCCUCCUGCUGUGCCUCCUCCUGCCAGCCCAGCUGCUGCCGCCCGGCCUCCUGCGUGUCCCUGCUCUGCCGCCCCACCUGCUCCCGCCCGGCCUGCUGUGGUGUCUCCUUGGGCCAGAGGUCCUGCUGCUGACCAGCCGUGUCCCCAGGCCAGUGGGCUCAGGUCCCUCCUCCCCACCCCCGGGUGUCCUGACCCCAGCCUGCAGGAGCUCACACAGUAGGACCAGCUCCUGCCCUUCCUCCCCCGUCCAGCCCAAGUCUGAGGCCUCAGCCCUCCCUGGCUGCUCUCCGGCCCCACCCAUGGGAGAGCUGGCUGCUGCACCCCACUUCCUGCUCCAGGCCACCACCCUCCCCAGUCGGGACUGGGUCCUCCUGACCCUGCUCUUGUCCCCAGAAGUGCCACUCUCUGAACAUCAAUAAAGCCUGUGC